GUUAUGGAAGAGCAGUCUUUCGCAUUCAUUGAUGCUGUUAUAUUCCUGAUAACUUUGCUUCUUCUGGUGUCCUUCGUGAUCUUCUUGUCAAUGAUCAUGACAUAUUUCAAGACUGUUGCCAUGACUAUCAAGACUAUCCUUAAAGCAGCUUUCGAGGCUAAGUCCCCAUUUUUAGCAUUUAAGGAUGACAUUAAGCAGAUUAGGCAUACCAAGCUCAGAGAAGAAGCUGAAGCGAACAUGAGAGAUGUGGAUCUUCAGGAUAAAUAUUUCACCAAAUGGACCAUAAUUCUGCAUGAAUGAGGUAGCAGAAAACGACAGGAUCAUGAAGAGGAAGGCCAGUUGCAUAAAUUAAAACAGAACAAGUAUAAUCUCCUGAACCCUCCCUUGACCUUCUACAUAUUCAUAUACCUAUGUGGGAUCAUUAUAGUAUGGAUUUGCUCAGGAUUUUUCACAGGAAUCUUCAAUUCCUCCCUAAGGGAGAGUCUGAUGCCAGGAAUAUUUUGGAUCCCACUUCUUGUGGCUCUCAUUUCAACUAGUAUUAUUAUCAUCUAUGUGUAUGUGAUACAUUACAUAUAUCUCGAGAAUAUUCGGAUGGCCUUCAAGAACGCCUUUUUAUCAAAGGUCAACUGUCCUAAGGAUUUCAAACAAGUACGAUACCCUGAAGGCUAUGAUUCCAAGAAUUUUCAGGUAGCAUUUGAUGAAAUUUUGAAAGAUUAUGCUGAGCAAAGCAUGAGAAAUACAGCUAAAGAGUCCGAGUUUGGCAAACACGAGUCCAAGAGUCUAGCCCAGAUCCUAGGCUAUGAGACUACUGAAGGCUCUGGAGCCACAGAGAGCAAGAUCAAUGAUGAUAGCUCAGCUUCCAACAUUUCUACAAUGAAGUUUAAUAAAUUUUCCAUUUUGAAUACAACAAAGUUGUCUGUGAAGGAAGUCAAGGAGAAGGUAAAACCUCUAAAAGAUAAUUUAUACUUGUUUGGGAACGAUACAGCCAGACCUAUCAUCUCAGAAGAUAUUCUUGAGAAAAUAGGAGAGGAAGAGGACUCUAAUGAAGAGCCAGAAAAUAUUCUUGAUGGCUCAAACCCUAAUAUUGACAGACAAGUAGAGAAAAUCGAGGAGAAUAAAGAGACAGAGUAUUUAGACACAGAACAAAACAUCGCAUCAACUGGGGACAAGCUCCUGAGACGUAAAAUUAAAACGGCUGUGAAAUAAGCAUCUAAUCAAGCCUUACCAUCUUGGGGACACUGGAUUGCUCCAACAUGAAUGAAAAUAAGAAGGAAAAUCUGUUAAAUGUCAUCUUCUUUGGCGGAAUUGUGUGCUUUGUUGCAGUCUGACUUGCUAUUUUGUGCUAUAAAAUGUAUUAUUAUGCUACUCAAGUCACCUGGGCAUUAAUCUUGAUAGCUAUUUUUAGCAUGAUUUUGGAAAUUUUCGUGUACAGGAUCGUCUCUUGGUGGGCAUAUGUAAUCAUUCACAAGUGAUAUAAGAGUAUUAAACAGCGAAGAAGGAGGGCUCAAUACCAAAUGAAUAACAAGAAUAUAGUGAAUCUCUCUGAAGAUCCAAAUAAAUUCAAAGAGUUGUUUAAGAAAUAUCCAGGCAAUUUCAUAUCUGCAGAUGUGGACUACAAACCGCCCAAAAAGAUAAUCAAUAUGAACGAUAUCUUAGAUAACCAAGGAGAGGGAGAAGGUGAUAACUUUGGAAGAGGAGGUCCUUUCGAUCCUGCCAAUGAAGAUGACCUCAGGCUUGCGCAUCUCCGGAAUUCUAACAAAUCCGACAUGGACAUGGAGAAUGACGACCAUCCUCAGUUCAACUCAGAACUGCCUUACUUUAAUGAGAGUGACAAAAGUUCCAUGGCAGAGCUGCGAGACUUCAACAAAUUACUGAUCGAUAAGAUGUACACAGCUUAUAAUGAAAAAGCCGAUGAGCUGCUUCGAAGAGGUAACCUGAAGGACAUCACCAAAGAGGGUGAAGGAAUCAACCAACUUGAAAAAGAACGUGAAGAGGACAUUAACAGAGGUCGGAAGAACUAUAACAUUGCCGCUGAAGUCUUUGGCAUUGCAGAAGAAAGUGAUGAAGACGAAUAUCCUGAGAGAAAGAAAUUGAUCAAGAAGAAGAAAGCACAUAAGACCCAGAUCCCAGAUACUUAUUAUAGAGACAUUGCCAUGGUCAAGGCGAGAAUGGAUCUGGCCAGGAAGAAGAAAAAUAAAGGAGAAGCUAAGUCUGAAAUGAACCAGAGUACUGGAUUUAAAGAUAAAUAUAAAGGCAAAGGAGUGUAUGCGCUGAAUCAGUUAAAACCUCUUGCUAAGCAAGAGAUUUAUAAACAAGAAGAGCCAAAGCCAAAAAUGAAACCGAAGACUCGUCAGAUUCCUAGGACACAGAUGGCAAUAGUCCCUGGAAGUCCUCGUAAGGCUCCACAAAAAGACUACACAGAAUAUCCAUCAACUGAGCCAAUAGAUGAAGGUCAUGUCAAGUUCCAAUCUGCUGAGAAGUCUGCUGGUGUUAGCACAAAGAGGCUUCUUCAGCUGGGUUUAACUAGCAUUCAGGAACAACCACAUAAGUUUGCAAGGCCAACUAGAAAGCACUCAGAGGAAGUGAAGAGUCCGAACAGGCAUAUCACUCAUAGUCAUUUAGCUGCUGUUAGAGGGAAUUUCGUCGAGGAAGUCAAAGAUGGAGAAAGCACAGAAUCUGUUCCUCUAAGCAAGUCCUUUGGUGCAGAAAAGGAAAGAAACAGGAAUCCAGGUAUCUACGUUGGCUUGAUUGAAUCAUUUGAAGGUCAAAGGAGGAGAGAUAAGGAAGCUAGCGUAAACAUACCCCAAAGUGCUAAUAGUUUCAAAGAUUUUAGCGACGAUUUUGCUAUAAGUUUCCAUCAUGAAGAGACUAAGAAAUCUCCAAAGAAGCGAAGACAACUUAGUGGAGAGAAGAAAUUGGACUACAAGUUAUCAAAGAAGAGGAAAAUCCCAGUAGAUCCAGAGCUGAAGUUCCACCCGGCCACUAACCAAGAUCUUGACCAUAUCUAUGGAAAGGUUUAUGACCCUUUUGUCAAACACAACGUGGGAGCAGUGUGCCAGAUCGACAAAGAAGUCAAAGAGCGGAAGCUGAAUAAUUACUUAAGGAAUAUUGAUGAGGACAAGAACGGUAUUUUCUUAUUCGGGAACGAUGUUAACUCAAAAUUCGACUUUAAUCCUAAGAAAGAGAAAGCGAUAGCCCCUGCAUCACAUCUAGACAUGAGUUAUUCUGUAGCUCCCCCUUCAUACAUAAAGAUUGUGGGUAAAAAGAAGAAGAAAAAGACUAAGAAGAAAAAGCAGAAAGUCAAGAGACAGCAUCUAGCUGUUGAUGAUUUUGUAAUAAUUUAA